AUGGACAUGAAUUUGAUGAACCCUAAUUUGAAGGCUUUCUUACAAGCAUGGAAUAAAACAUGUACAAGCAGCAGCAAUGCUACCAUGGUGGUUCCUGAAGGAAAUAAAUACUUGUUGACACCUCUUCAAUUCAAUGGUCCCUGUAAAGGGCCAUCUGUUCAAGUUCAGAUUGAUGGAACCCUGGUGGCACCCAAAACCAUAGGUAAAUGGACAGGUUGUGUGGGCAACACAUGGAUAGGGUUCUCAUAUGUUGACGGUCUUCGAGUUUAUGGAAACGGGAAACUUGAUGGGCAAGGUUCACUAUGGUGGGAAAAUCCCGGAAAUGAGGAUCAUAAUGACGAUAUAAUUAACAAUAACAAUUGGAAUCAAAAAGAAGCAAGUACAUGCUCACGACCAAUGGGAUUAAAGUUUUCAAGCUGCAAAAACCUUGAAUUAAGAGGGUUGACUCAUAUGAACCCUCCAGGUAGACAUAUAAACUUACAUUCAUGCAACCAGGUUACCAUUUCUGGCCUUAAAAUAACCGCACCCAAAGACAGCCCUAAUACGGAUGGAAUCGGCAUCUCUUCCUCAACUAACGUUAAUAUCACCAACACUAUUAUUGGCACAGGGGAUGAUUGUGUUGCAAUUUGUUCCGGUAGUUCAAACAUUUUUGUUGAAGGAGUUCAAUGCGGACCUGGGCAUGGCAUAAGUGUGGGUAGCCUCGGUGAAUUCGGGUCUCAAGAUACUGUGGAAGAUGUUCAUAUACUAAAUUGCAAUUUCACUGGAACACAAAAUGGGGCAAGGAUAAAGACAUGGCAGGGUGGAAAAGGAUAUGCAAAAAAUAUUAGAUUUGAACACAUCCAUUUGAAUGAUGUUGAGAACUCUAUUAUUAUUGAUCAAAAGUAUUGCAAUGGAAAACACGACUGUCCCCCAAAAUCCGGCGCGGUGGAAGUGAGUAAUGUGAAAUAUAUAAAUGUACAAGGAACGUCUGCAAUUAAUCAAGCAAUACUCCUAGAUUGCAGCAAUGAAGUUCCAUGCAAUAAUAUUGUUUUUGACAAUGUAAACAUAACUUCAAGCUCUAAGGGUGAAAAUGUUUAUUCGACUUGCAAGAACGCGAACGUGUCUGUCACUUCCGUAGUGUAUCCAGUUGUAUCAUGCAGUAUUGGUGACAUUUAA